AUGGCCUGGGAGGAAAUGGCUUCAUGGGCUCCUUACCAGACUUCUCACACUGGAACAAAUCUCAACGACAACAACUUCACAGGGUCAAUUCCUGACUCCAUCUCCACCCUCACCACCCUCGUUAGCAUCUACAUGGCCAACAACCAUCUGAGUGGCAGUCUGCCAGACGCCAUCAGCCAACUGGAGAAUCUUGAACAGAUCUGGUUGGACAACAACAAGAUUGAAGGCCCUCUGCCAACUGGCCUUUGCUGGCCUGUGGUCAGCGAGCCCAACAGCCUGUACACGCGGGACACCUCUCCAUUGAAAGGGUUUGGUGGCAAGUGCCACAAUCUUGCUCUGGGUUCAUCCGUGGCGGGGUCGGGCAAGUUGGCGAGGGUAGCCCUGUCGGGCAACUGCCUGACCCUCACCCCAAGCAACAAGAGCUCCUCCAACGCCACCCAGCGCAGCACGGCAGCCUGCCAGGCGUUCUGCAGCAUCACUGCCAUCGGCCCGUGCGACGGCCACGAGGCGUGUGUGCCGGCUGCCCCCACCUCCCCCACCAACUUCACUUGCCUGUGUGAUGCCGGGUACACCACUGUCGACUCGGACAACGGCUCCUCCUCAUGCGCCAUCGUGCACUCCACCACCACCACUGGCAUUUGCUUGUUUUGUUCGAACAUUUAUGUGUUGCGCUCGGUAUUCAUGUUUCGUGACCCCUAUCCGCUCUCGUUGCGCCAGAGAUUGCACCUAGCACAGGGAGCAGCAGAGGGCCUGGCGUACCUGCAUGGGCUUGACACACCCAUCAUUCACCGCGACAUCAAGCCUGCCAACGUCCUCGUGACUGCCGAAAUGCAAGCCAUGGUGGCUGACUUUGAGCUGCUCAAACGCCUCACUCACGGCGAUUCUGAUGCCACGCGAGUGGCUGGCACGCCGGGCUAUGUGGAUCCAGACUACAACCACACCAACGUCAUCACAGCCAAGAGUGAUGUGUUUAGCUUUGGAAUCGUGCUUCUUGAGUUGUUGAGUGGAAAGCCGCCCCGAGUCGUCACAGAAAGGCAUAUAACGCACAUAAGCAUAUGGGCUAUGAAGCUGGUGCAGGCGUAUGAGCCACAAGAGCUGAAGGACCGCACGAUGCCAGCGGCAAGCGAGGAGGCCAUAGUGGACUUUGCAGAUCUGGCUCUGGACUGCAUCAAAUCUCCCGACACACGGCGACCCACCAUGAUGGAUGUGGCGUACCGCCUCAGUGCCCUCAUUGCCAAGCACUUUCCUGACUGGGAGGACGAAUGGGAGAGUGCAGCGGAAGAUGAGAGUCUAAGCAACAUGGAUAUGUCCUCCAGAAAUGUUUCUUCUGUGUUGCUUAGAGUGUUGGGCUAA